AUGGCGCACUCAAAACGAAACACCUCCCUCCCACACUUCACAUCCUACGAACGAAGCCUCCUAAAAAACACCUGGGGCACGAAGCAAAGCAACAUAGGCCGCGACAGCUUCCUCCCCUUCGCCUCAUGCCGACUAUGCCUGCAACCCGCGCGAACACCCGUCGUAGGCUGCGCCAGCAAUGGCGACCUCUUUUGCCGCGAAUGCGCAAUCAACGACCUCCUCGCCCAAAGACAGGAAAUCAAGCGCCUGGAGCGUGAGCGGGAUGAUGCGCGGAAGCGCAUUGCCGAGGAUGACGAGCGCACGCUGCGUGAGGUCAAGGAGAGGGAUCUGAGAGAUUUCGAGAGGGUUUCUAUGGGGCUGGAGGCUAGGGCGGAUGUUUUUGGGGCUAAUGGGAAAGCGCCUGCGAAUGAGGCUGUUGGUGGUGGUGCUGGUUUGGGGAGUAAGAGGAAGGCGGAGGAGGAGGAGAGUGAGGCGAUGAAGAAGUUUAAGGCUAGGGAGGUUGUUGUUGAUGGGAAGAGGAAGAGGGUUUUUGAGCUGGAUGAGAAGGAGAUGGCUCGGGUUGCUGGGGAGGAGAGGGAACGGCUGAAGAAGGAGUUGAAGAUGGAGAAGUCUGAAUCUAGCAAAUCUGCUUUGCCUUCUUUCUGGGUGCCAUCGCUCACGCCUGGCACGGAUGCGAAUGAGAUUGCAGCCAGUAAGACUGUCAAGUUGACGCCAAUUUGUCCCGGAUCGACGGAUGAGAGCCGGCAUAGCUAUUCGCUCAAGUCACUUGUUGAGGUUCAUUUCACUGAGGAAAAGGCGUCUGAUGGAACCGUGUCGAGGGUCUGUCCUAGCUGCAAGAAAAACUUGAGCAAUGGGCUGAAAGCUAUGCUCACGAAACCCUGUGGACAUGUCAUCUGCUCUCCGUGUGUUACAAAGUUUAUGACGCCUUAUGAACACCAUACACCUGACCCUCAUGCUUCAAAGGAGGAACAAGAAGCUGCUGCUACCUUACAUGGGCAGGUCUUGUGUUUUGUGUGUGAAACAGAUCUUACAGCACGUCCUUCGAAAAAAGACGAAGGCAGCGGGAGCAAGAAGUCCAAGAAGAAGGAGAAGGAGAAGGAUGCCAUCCAGCCCGGCCUGGUGCAAGUUAGUUCAGAGGGCACUGGCUUUGCUGGUAAGGGAGGAAAUGUGGGUAAGAAGAGCGGAGUUGCCUUCCAGUGUUGA